UCAAUAAGCUGCACUCACAGAAGUUAUACCACAACGACAUGAUUCUCCCGACAAUUACUGUAAUCACCCUUACAUUUCUCGCCACGGGAGUUAAUGGAAGACAAGGUUUUGGAUCUGGGGAGCAGGAAUGGGGCUACGUAACCGUUCGUCCUUACGCGCACAUGUUCUGGUGGCUUUACUACACCACAGCAAACGUAACGAAUUUUACCGAGAAGCCGCUCAUUAUCUGGCUCCAAGGAGGCCCCGGAGCUUCGUCAACGGGUUACGGAAACUUUGAAGAAUUGGGACCACUCGACCUUGAUCUAAAUGAGAGAAACUACAGCUGGGUGAACGACUACAACGUACUUUUCAUCGACAACCCCGUUGGCUCGGGAUUCAGCUACGCCGAGAAAUACUCGGGAUACCCAAAAACGAACGCGGCAAUAGCGAGCGAUCUCCUCGCCUGCAUCAAAGGUUUCCUCACAGAAUUUCCCGCUUUCGCCACGGUCCCAACUUACAUCACCGCUGAAUCUUACGGGGGUAAAAUGGCCGCCGAGUUUGCCUACGUUUGGUACAAGGCGCAAACUAAUGGGAUAAUUGAAAGUACAUUGAAAGGUGUGGCGAUGGGUGAUUCGUGGUUGUCACCGAUGGAUUCCGUCAACACGUGGGCGCCUUACCUUCUGUCCACGGGGAUGGUCGACACGAUCGGAUACGAGAAAAUCAAGGCAGCCGCAAAGAAAACCCAAGACGCAGUCGACGAUGGCAGAUGGUCAGACGCGACCUCCGAAUGGGGGAUAACCGAAUACGUGAUCAUCAACGUGGCGAACAACAUCGACUUCUACAAUAUUCUGUACAAAGUGGCACCAUCGUCACGUUCCUCGGCCAGAGAAUUUGCCAUGGAUAAAGCUCUGCUUCGGGAUGAACGGGACGACCAACUUGACGAGUUGAUGAACGGCGUUGUUAAAGAGGCCCUUGGACUAAAUGUUACUUGGGGUGCUCAAAGCAACACAAUAUUUUCCGCCCUUUAUGCCGAUUUCAUGAAGCCGGCAACUGACCAAGUGGAAUACUUGCUGAACGACACCGACAUCAAUAUUUUCGUAUUCACCGCGCAGCUUGAUCUCAUCGUCGACACACCUGGAACAAUUCUCUGGGUGGAACGUCUUAAGUGGCCAAACGCGACACAAUGGCUCAAUUCAUCUCGGGACCCACUCGUUAUCGAUUCGGUUAUCGAAGGCUACGUAAAGCAGGACAAUAACUUUAAAUUAUAUUGGAUUAACAGAUCCGGACACAUGGUGCCGACUGACAAUCCUGUUGCCACCGCAGCCAUGCUGGAAGAUCUGACAAGCAACGCCAACAGCUAGAUUCACCAGAAAAUCAAUUUAUGAUUUCUUAGAAC